AUGAGAGGAUACCGAGGCGUUAAGUACACCUUAUUCAUCUUCUGCUACUUCUUUUGGGUUGUGAGUGCCAUACUUAUAGCAGUGGGGAUCUAUGCUAAGAUCGCCAGAGAGAAAGAUGUGGUUGACACCCUGACGGUUGAUCCCGCUCUGCUGUUGAUCGUCGUCGGCUCUGUGAUGUUCCUCAUCACGUUCCUCGGAUGUUUCGGGGCGCUGCGUAACACCAUCUGCCUGCUGAAGAUGUUUUUGGGACUCCUGGUGGCCAUUUUACUCUUGCAGAUCGCAGCUGCAUUCGUGGGAUACUUUUUCACUCAUACGGUGAUGGAGAGAACUGAGAGGCUGAUGAUGAAGGCAAUUGAACGAUACAGGGAGGACCAAGACCUGGAGAACGCCAUUGACUUCAUCCAGAAGAAGUUCCAGUGCUGUGGAGUUGAAAGCUAUAAAAACUGGUCCCGUAACGCCUACUUUGAGUGUUCGGACACCAACCCGAGUCUGGAGGCCUGUGGAGUUCCCUUCUCCUGCUGCAUUCGCUUGCAGAACCAGACUGUACUGAACACCAUGUGUGGUUAUGGGAUGCAGCAGCUGGCGGAGAAACUGGCCCGUCAGGACAUAUUCACCAUCGGCUGCCUGGAUAAAAUUGUCUGGUGGGCCAAACACAAUCUGCUUCUGGUGGCUGGUCUGACCGCCGGCCUGCUGCUGCUCGAGGUCUGCAUGAUAGCUUUGGCUGCUGUUCAGAUCUGCUGGAUAAAAAACGUCCUACAGCGACAGGAGAGGAAAGCAGCUCAAAGCAAAUCGCAGAGGAAGGAGAGCCUCUGGUUUCCUCCUUUUGCAGACUUUGAUGAUUAA